AUGCGAAAUCUGCAACUAUUCACCGCCUUUUUGAUUGUUUUAUUCAUUGUCUCCACAACAGCGGAAAUUAUUUCAUUGAGAAGCAUUCGAAACAAUCCCACAAUGCACUUUGGAAAGGGAAUCACUUCAGGAGGGCAUGUACAAAAUUUCGAUUUCAACGAUCGAUUCUUUUCCAUGCAUCGACACAAUGUGAAAAAUGAACCACUCUUCUUGAAAAAGGGGAAAGCCCGUCUUUGUUUCCUUUCUCCAAUCCAAUGUCAAUAUUCUGCAUUCAAUGCUCAAUAUCAAGAUGAGAAGAAGAAGAAAAGGAGA